CGGGGCGGAGCGCGGCCGCGCCGGCGCGUCGAGGGGGAGAGGCAGCCGCCGCGAUGGACGUGUUCCUCAUGAUCCGGCGCCACAAGACCACCAUCUUCACGGACGCCAAGGAGUCGAGCACCGUGUUCGAGCUGAAGCGCAUCGUCGAGGGUAUCCUCAAGCGGCCGCCGGAUGAGCAGCGGCUGUACAAGGACGACCAGCUUCUGGACGACGGCAAGACAUUGGGCGAGUGUGGCUUCACCAGCCAGACAGCACGGCCUCAGGCCCCCGCCACUGUGGGGCUAGCCUUCAGGGCAGAUGAGGCAUUCGAGGCCCUGCGCAUCGAGCCCUUCUCCAGCCCACCUGAGCUGCCGGACGUGAUGAAGCCACAGGACUCAGGAAGCAGCGCCAACGAACAGGCUGUGCAGUGAGAGGCCUCCCCAAACUGUCCCCCCUUAAUAAAAGAUUUGGGCAUCCA